CCCCGGGCAGGCAGGAAGUUGUAAUGGAGCCCUCUGUCUUCUAGAUGCUCCUGUCCCUCCCAGAGCUCCGGGAAAGGGAGGAAGUGCGGGGCCGUGUGGUCCAUGACAGGACGUAACGCGCUGUGACAGGGAUGCUGCUGCCCGCGGGGGAGAGAGCGGCUACCGGCAGAGGAUUACACCGCCCGAUUAACCUUGUGGAGAGGGCGAGGCAGCCUGUCCCCGCCGCCCCUCUCUGGGCUUGUCCUGCCCUGCCCGGACUGCAGAGAAUGCCUUGUAGAGCGGGGCUGACAAUGGCGGGGAGUCACUGAGUGCGCUAGGUCAGCUCACUGAAGGGUGGAUUGAGAAGAAAUGGCAGACCAGAGCCAAAUCCAGUCAUCUGCUUCCAAAAGCAUCCGACCAUUCCGCUCCAGUGAGGAGUAUCUGGAAGCCAUGAAGGAGGACCUCACUGACUGGCUCAAUAUGCUAUAUGACUUAGACAUGGAAGCCACCACCUUCCUCGAGGCUUUGGAGACUGGCUACACAUUAUGUCAGCAUGCUAACAACCUGAACCGAUUGGCUCGAGAUUUUAAAGUACAGUAUCCAGAUGCUGCCGCUACCAUGCGACUACCACAGAAGGAGGUGACCUUCCAGGUUAAAGGUGCGGUUCCCGGCUCAUUCAUUGCCAGGGACAACGUGUCGAACUUCAUUGGCUGGUGCCGGAAGGAACUUGGUAUACCAGAGGUGCUCAUGUUUGAGACCAAUGACCUGGUGUUGAGAAAGGGGGAGAAGAGCUUUGUAUUGUGCUUGCUUGAGGUGGCCCGGCGAGGUGCACGCUUUGGCAUGCCCGCACCAAUUCUCAUUCAGAUGGAAGAAGAAAUUGAAGAAGAACUCAGCCGGGGCAGGCCCAACGCUGAUCAGAAAGGAUACCCACGGCCUCAGAUGCCUGCCAGGCCUCCUCGUACUUUAUGUGAUCUCAAGAACUUGGAUGAAUUGGUUCGGGAGAUACUUGGUUGCUGCCGUUGUCCUUCACAGUUUCCAAUGAUAAAAGUGUCAGAAGGAAAAUAUCAAGUUGGAGACAGUAACACCCUCAUCUUUGUGCGGGUUCUAAGGAAUCAUGUUAUGGUGCGUGUAGGGGGAGGAUGGGAUACUCUGGAACAUUAUCUAGACAAGCAUGAUCCCUGCAGAUGCCAGUUUGCUUCCCAUCGAGCUCCAACAUCUCGCCCCAUAACAUUUUCCCCACAACGUGGAGCUAACCUUCAUCCUACCCGAACUUCCAGCCCCUCCCGGGGACGUUAUUCAGAGGGCUUGCCCAAAAUUAUUCAGAACCCAGAGGCUAACACUCCGCGGCGAUCCAUUCCGGGCCCAGUGUCCUCUCUGAACAGCACCUCCAAGACAACAUUGCCUCAGAAGGAGCUCCCAGGAAUGCCCGGAAUUAACUCCUUCAGGCCUCCUCGCCCCCGACGGUAUUCUGGUGACAGUGACUCUUCUGCUUCCUCUGUUCAGAGCGCCCCUGCUGGCAGAAAAUCCGUUGAUGUUUUGAGACCAGGGCUUCGCUCUUCUAUAACACGCAGUCAGUCUCAGGACAGAGGCCCUAUGUCAAAGCGAUCACAGGCAUCUCAGCCUGUCAUGCCUGAACGUGGCAGAGUCCCAGGCCCUCCUAGUCGACGUGCUCGAAGUCAAGGACCUCCAGCUAACAAGAAAACUGUUCUGCUUAUUACACGGGACAAGGGCGGACAACAUUCAUGGUCAACUCCUGUGACUUCUAAGCCCCCUAACAAUCGGACUCAAACAGAGCCUCCAAAAUCUCAUGCACGGAGACAGUUAGGAUACGCACCUGCACCAUUGGAUGUUCGUCAGGAGCAACAAAUUUAUUGCAGCCUCGAGAAAGAGUUCUUGGAAAAUUCACGAAUUCUGGGGGCACACGAGCACACUGGGGGAACACAGGGGGCUUCCUUGUUACUUAGUCCGCCUUUCAAUGAGCCAGCUGCUGUAGACUCUGCAUACUGUUCAUCUAGUUCAUCUUCAUCCUCGCUCAACUUCUACAUUACUGGAGGAGGACGGGAGCAGAAUACAGAUGGGAAUAUUGCAACAGUUCCUACAUCUACCUGGAGGAGACUUCCAGCCCUGUCCAGUUCCUCAGAUGAUAGUUGCACACCUGCCGUUGAAGAUCUCCAGGAGGAGUCUGAGUCUGAGGAGACCUCUGUAGUCCCUGAGGAUGAUGCAGAGUCCAGUGAAGUGGUGUUGAGACCUAAGAAAACAAUGAAACGACCAGACAGAGUCCCUUCUAUCUAUAAACUUAAACUGCGCCCAAAGAUCCGGCCACGAGCAGACAUACAACCAGACAAAUCACCGUCUCGCAUACCCACUCCACUUAACUACAGAACUGCUAAUUCUCCACCUAAAUCUGCACCUACCCGUCGUUCUUGGAAAUCUCUACAAGCAGUUUUCUUCUCUGAUUCUGGAGUACAAGCAGAUAAUUCAUGUGGUUGAGCAGUGUAUGGAUCACUAUUACCCUGAUUUAACUAUGAAACUGUGCUUUAGUAAUGAGGCAGUACUGGAUUCUCCUGAAAGCAAGCAUGACGUGUCAUAAAUCCAUACCAAGGAUGCACAUGAAUGGUUAUACAAUCCUAUAUUAGCAGUAUGUAAUAUCGCAGCAUGUGCAUUUUCAGGUGGCUGCUAUGAUACAGCAAUACUGAGCAUUGCACGGCAGGGAAAGGGUGUAAAACCUCUUACUGCAACCUUACUGGGAGAAGUCUAUUAUAUUUACUUUAGUUUUUAUAUAUUUUAAAUUUUUAUUUUUGUUUUUAGUGUCCUGAUGAGCACUUUAACCCUAAAAAAUGUUUCAAAAAGUGAAUUGGUUUUUAUGUUGGAAUUAGCAUGUCCAAUAUUCAGAUGUGGUACAGUAGCAGAGAGCAGUACUGUGUCAUGGGGCUACAAUCACUACUAUUUUUUAAUUAGGGCGGUUUAAUUGGCUGUUUUUUAUACCUUUUUCAUCCAUGUUAGGCCUCAUGUACACGACCAUAGGCGUCCUUGCCCAUGUUGUGGAUCCCAUUAACUUGAAUGGGUCCGCAAGAUGCAGAGCAGAGGCCCACGGUACGCUUCUGUGGGAUUUGGGUCCGUGCCUUUGCACCACAAAAAAAUAGGACUUGCAAACAGCUGGCGCAGAGCCGAUGCCCGUGCAUUGCA